GCAUUCUCUUGCCGCCUCCUGCGCUGCAAUUCCCUUGUCUAACGUCAUGAUUUAUCUUCACAGGCUACAGAAAGACAUGAGAAGGAACAGAAACACAUCGCUGGACGCGGCGGUGACAGAAUUCAUUCUCCUCGGCUUGGCCCAUCCCCCGAAUCUAAGGCCCCUCCUCUUCCUGGUCUUCUUCUUCAUCUACGUCCUGACGCAGCUGGGGAACCUGCUCAUUCUGCUCACCGUGUGGGCUGACCCCAAGCUGCAUGCCCGCCCCAUGUACAUUCUUCUGGGUGUGCUCUCCUUCCUGGACAUGUGGCUCUCCUCAGUCAUCGUUCCACGACUUAUUUUGGAUUUUACUGCGGCAAGCAGGGUUAUUCCAUACGGUGGCUGUGUAGCCCAACUAUAUUUUUUCCACUUCCUGGGCAGCACUCAGUGCUUCCUCUACACCUUGAUGGCCUAUGACAGGUACUUGGCAAUAUGCCAGCCCCUGCGCUACCCCGUGCUCAUGAAUGGGAAGUUAUGCACAAUCCUAGUGGCUGGAGCUUGGGUGGCUGGCUCUAUCCAUGGGUCUAUUCAAGCCAUCCUGACCUUCCGCCUGCCCUACUGUGGGCCCAAUAAAGUGGAUUAUUUCUUCUGUGACAUCCCAGCAGUGUUGAGACUGGCCUGUGCUGACACAACAGUGAAUGAACUUGUGACCUUUGUGGACAUCGGGGUAGUGGCCGCCAGUUGCUUCAUGCUAAUUCUGCUGUCCUAUGCCAACAUAGUCCAUGCCAUCCUGAAGAUACACACAGCUGACGGGAGGCGGCGGGCCUUCUCCACCUGUGGCUCCCAUCUGACUGUGGUCACAGUCUACUACGUCCCCUGUAUUUUCAUUUACCUUCGGGCAGGCUCCAAGAGUCCCUUGGACGGGGCAGUUGCCGUGUUUUACACUGUUGUCACUCCGUUACUGAAUCCCCUCAUCUACACCCUGAGGAACCAGGAAGUGAAGUCUGCUCUGAAGAGGUUAACAGCAGGCCGCCAAGGGAAUGUGGGUGGAAAUAAGUAACACA